UGGACUCCCGUGGAGCCUCUGCAGGGCUUGCGGUACCAUUGCGACCUUCCACACGGGCUUUGGUACCGGGGAGAAUGAGCAAAUCGCCACAAUGGACGGAGACUGGGAUGAGGUCGCUCGCAUUCCAUUUCCGCCUCCGGGCGUUCAUGCGCUGCCGACACAAGUAACGACAAUGACCUUUGACACCUCCCAAGAGCUUCUUUGGGCUGGUAACGAAUAUGGUCGAGUCACUUCCUUUCUGGGCACCGAGCUUCAACGAUACUCCACCUUCAAGGCGCAUCAAGCCGCAGACGGGCCAGUUCGGCAGAUUUUAACAAACGAUAAAGGUGUUGUGACAUUGGGUGCCAAAGAUGUGCAUAUGGCAUCUAGGAGAGGGCCCACCAUGUGGCAUAUCAGGCACGAUGACAUGAAAGACUUGAAGUGCAUGAGUUUCACUUCAAAGGGAACGGCAGAGAUCAUAGCCGCCGGUCUACAAAACAGCAUGUUUGUUAUUGACCUCAUUAAGGGGGAAGUCGUCAAACAGGUUCGAACGGACCAUCAAUACUUGAUUAUGAAACGCGGGCGCUAUAUAUGCGCAGCUACGAGAGACGGAUCAGUACACCUUUUGGAUCCCAUCACCUUCGCCAUCGUCAAAACCUGGAAUGCUCACUCAGCCUUAAUCAAUGACAUGGAUGCUCAACACGAUUUCAUCGUUACAUGCGGCUACUCGCUUCGCCAGGGGCAGAAUUACAUGUUGGAUCCCUUUCUCAACGUUUUCGAUAUCAAGAAGAUGACAUCGAUGCCGCCGAUCCCGUUCCCUGCCGGCGCGGCAUAUGUACGCAUGCACCCGCGCAUGCUCACGACCAGCAUUGUGGUGUCUCAAAGCGGCCAGAUGCAUGUGGUGGACCUCAUGAACCCUAACACCAGUAAUGUACGACAGGCCAAUGUGCUGAGUUACCUCAGCAUGUUUGAGAUUGCCCCCUCCGGCGAGGCUAUGGCUCUCACCGAUGCAGAAUGCUAUAUCCAUCUAUGGGGAUCGCCAUCCAAACUCCAUUUCGUUGACUUACCUACUCCCAUGGAAUUCGCCACAACCGAAGACGCGAUUCAACCUAUAGAAUGGACUCCCGAAACCCCUUUCAAUUCUAUCGGCCUGCCAUACUACAGAGAAACACUUGCCUCUGCGUGGCCUGAACUGAUCUCAGAUGUUGGAGCCCCCCCAGUCAAAUUUGAUCCGCAGUUCCUUGCGAGCCUUAAAUCUGCCGACUUUGGGCUCUACGGUCGAAAUACACGAGGCCUUCGCAGGAACCAAUUUGAAGAUACUCGGAGCUCGAACAAAUCCGCUAAUUCUGGCCUUAAAGCUCCAAAGUUUCUUAGCGAAAAGGCUCGAGAUUUUGCUAAAUCGGACUCGUUGACUUCUGCAGAAAAGGCAGAUGAACUCUCGAAUCCAUUUGCAGAGUUGGAAAUCGAGAGCAGAAAAUCAGAAUUUCCGAUGAUGUAUAGAAACGUCGAGAUCAAAUACAGUAAAUUUGGUGUCGAUGAUUUCGAUUUUGGCUUUUAUAAUACCACACGAUACUCUGGCCUCGAGAUUCAUAUAUCGAACUCGUACGCCAACUCGCUCCUUCAAAUCAUGCACUUCACACCUUUAAUUCGAAACUUGGCUUUACAACAUGCAGCUACAGCCUGUGUGAGCGAGGUCUGCCUCCUUUGCGAGCUGGGAUUUCUUUUCGAUAUGCUUCAGAAAGCAGAAGGAUCAAUCUGCCAGGCUACUAAUAUGCUCAAGACUCUCAGCAGCCACCCUCAAGCUGCGCCUUUGGGAUUGCUGGAAGAGGAUACACAUGGAUCAUCCCUAAACGUAAUGCUACAGGGGCUAACCCGAUUCCUACUGGAGAGAAUUGCUGGCGACUAUAAAUCUAUGGCUCCAGCUUCGUCCUUGAUGGAUCAGGUGUUGGCGACCAAAGCAACUAGCUCUAUUAGAUGUAUGAAUUGCAGAAGCGAGUAUACCCGACCUGGGUCGACAUAUGUAAACGAUUUGCUUUAUCCACCUCUUAAAGCCCCAGGUCGAAACAACAAGAUUCCUCGCACCACUUUCUCCCAAAUUCUUAAGAGCAGCGUGGAGAGAGAGACGACUUCGAAGGGAUGGUGCGGAAGAUGCCAACGGUAUCAAACCAUUGCAACUAGAAAAACCAUCCACAGCGUCCCAGAUGUCCUGAUGCUCAAUACCGCAAUUACCAGUUCGGAUCAUCGAAUGCUUUGGUCCACGCCUGGCUGGCUACCAGAAGAAAUCGGCAUCAUCGUCGAACAGGGCCAGUUCUUCUGCUACGAGGGGGAAGAUUUGAAGCUUCACUUACAACGUGGCAUUCAUAAUAUCACAGUUUAUUCCUUGAUUGGAAUGGCUAUCAACAUUGAGAGUGGCCAGACACAAAAACCGCAUCUCGUAGCCAUGGUUAAUGUUGCUCAUGCUGAACCAAACCCCCCCGGUCAGAGCCAGUGGCACCUAUUCAACGAUUUUCUAGUUCGCUCCGUGAGCUCAGAAGAAGCUCUUUCAUUUAAUAAUUCUUGGAAAGUUCCCUCUGUUGUCACAUUCCAGGUUAAGAAUGCAAACAACAAGAUCGAUAAUAGUUGGAAGAACAACAUUGAUACAUCACUUCUAUAUCAAGAUUUCAAUCCCAGCUCACGUACCGAGAAUAAGACAUAUAAGCUUCUGGACCCAGUAACAGAGCGACCUGGGCCAUCAACGAUCAUUGCACUGGACACUGAAUUUGUUGCGGUGCGACAGCCAGAGAUUGAAAUGAACUCGGAUGGCGAACGAGAAACCAUCCGGCCAAUAGUUUAUGCACUGGCUCGCGCCUCCGUUGUGCGAGGCCAGGGCGAAUUCGAAGGAGUGCCCUUCAUCGACGACUAUAUUUCAAUCAGAGAACCCAUCGUCGACUAUUUAACGUCAUAUUCGGGCAUCACCGAAGAUGAUUUGAACCCACACACCACAAAACAUAGCCUGCUGCCUCUAAAGGUGGCAUAUAAGAAGCUUUGGAUACUACUCAACCUCGGUUGCAAGUUUUUGGGCCACGGACUGAAGCAAGACUUCCGCGUCAUCAACAUCCAUGUCCCCAAAGCGCAAAUCAUCGAUACUAUCGACCUAUUCUUCCUAAAGUCACGCCUGCGAAAGCUGUCGCUCGCCUUCUUGGCAUGGUACCUGCUCAAGGAAGACAUCCAAAUGGAGACGCACGACUCCAUCGAAGACUCCAGGACGGCUCUCCAGCUGUACAGGAAAUACCUUGAGUUCAAAGACGCUGGGAUCCUGGAUGCGAUGCUGCAGGAUAUUUACCGCGCCGGGAGGGACGUGAACUUUAAGCCCCCAAGAAGAGAUGGCGUUUUGGACGUCCCUAGAUCAGAGACGCCGCCUCCUUUGCCUGUGGAGAAUGGGACCACGCCGACGCCUACUCCUGGGCCGCCAAGUACGCCUGCGAGGGGAAGAGGGUUUGGAAGCGGAGUUAGUUGGACACCGGGUAAAGGAUCUCCUAUGAGGUGAUAUAACGCUGUGUACAAGCACGCUACUUUUAGGAGUGAAAAUGAGGAGGAUAUCUGAUAAUUUGGAGACUUUAUGGUGAUGGAUCUGCAGGGAGAGUGGGCUGCCUGUCAUAUCAGAGUUGGAGAUAAGUAAGGCAGUCAAUUUAUGUUUGUUUUACACACGCCAUUUGUCUUCGGAUCUUGUGGUAUACUGGACGCACAUGUCUAUCACGAGAUCAGGAACGGGUAGAUAAAUAUACAUAUUC